AUGGUAUUAACACGUCUUCAGGAGCUUGCAGAAGUCACCACCUCCCCUCCAGCAGGCAUUCAUGUCAGCCUCGUCGACGACAACAAUGUCCACAACUGGAACAUCGUAAUGGACGGUCCCGAAGGUUCACCAUACGCAGGCGGAAAAUUCAAGCUCCUCCUCGUCCUCCCCACAGACUACCCCUUCAAACCCCCCAAGAUCAAUUUCAAAACCCGCAUCUGGCACCCCAACGUAACCUUCGACGAGCACGGUAGCAUGUGCAUCGGAAUCCUCAAGCCUGAGGCCUGGAAGCCGUCAUCCAAAAUCCUGUCCGUGUUGACCGCAACGCAGAAUCUGCUGCUGGAGCCCGUGCCCGAUGAUGCGGUCGAGACGACCGCUGCGAAUAGCUUCAAGGAGGAUCUAGCGGGGUUCAACAAGACGGCCAAGGAGUAUACGAAGAAGUAUGCUAAGUAG